AUGGCCCCGACAGCAUUACAAUGUCCAGAGCUGAAAACGGCAACAGCUGAAACUACACCCAAAAGACUUUUCCAAAACUAAAACUCCACCAGAAGCAUGCAGAGGAUGGAUCCCAUCGGGCGCAGAGAGUCGGUCUGCAGGAGUCUGUUUGGCCCAGUGGACCACGAGCAACUGCACCGGGACUUGACGCUGAAGCUGCGGGAGAUCACGGAGCAGGACAGCCGCCGCUGGAACUUUAACUUCCAGACGGAGACGCCGCAGUCCGGAAGGUUCCAGUGGGAGGAAAUACCCGCAGACUGCGCGGCGGCCGUCUAUCAGGAGUCCGCACAGCCGAGGGACGGCGUCUGCUUUCCACGGGCCGGGGAGGACGACGGGAUGAGCGACCGCGAGGACAGCGCGGGGACCGACCAGGAGAACCGCUCCAGCGUCUCCAACACGCGCAAGUGUCCCACCGAAGCGACGCCCGUCCGGAGGAAGAGGACGCUCACAAAACCGGCAGCCAAGCCCGGAAGCAAAGCACGAAUCACAGAUUUUUUCUCAAAGAGAAGGAGGACGACAGAAACCAAGAGCAUCCUGAAUCCGUUCCCCACAAGUUCCAGUGAAGCAGCUUCAUGCAAAACAAUACGGUGAACACGCUGCUGAAAAUUAACUAUUUACUAUAUUAUGGACUGGACCAAGGCCUAUUCACUGCACCAAAGGAUUGUAUUUUGUGUUAUUUUAUUUUAUUUCAUUAUUGCCAGUUUUAGCGUCUGUCAACCGGGUUUCAAAUUAUACACUUUUCUGUUAUUUAUUCUAUUUAUGAACU